CAUAAGAAAACAUAGUUUUCAUGCUCUCACGAAACCCAUUUAUGGCUGUGAUGACGAUGAGGAGAACCACGAACGCCAAACCAGUAAAGUACAAAGAGUCAGAUUCAGAGUUGUCCGGUUUGGUAAGCAGUGAAGAUGAAAAUGAAGAAUGGACACCAGAGAACACUGGUCCAAGAGCAGUGGGAGAGAAGAGGAGAGUGGUCAAGAGAGCCCCGAAACCAAAGGAGCCCAAAGCACCUAGGACUGCAAAGCCAAGAGCAUCACGGAAGAAGACAUCUGAGGGUACAGAGGUGAAGGAGCCGUCUUCUGGAAUAGCUGGAGUGAAGAGGAAACAAACCAAAGCCAAUAUAGAUGCUCCAAAGGAAGAGAAUGAUCAAUCAAAUGCGUCAAAUAUCAGAAUGAAAGAGGAGAGAGUAUCUUUUAUCAUGCAACCACCCAAUCAGGACAACAACCUCGCAGGCGAGGGGCCGUCUGCCGCAAGUUGUAUUGCAAAGAAAGAAGAACUGGAUGAGAGUUUUACAUUUGGAGAGCCUUUUCCAAAGAAACCAAGGACAGCAGGUCAACAACAAACGUCAUCAGGGCAAGGCCAAAUCUUCUGUAAUGAACUCAACAUGAACUGGAACACCAUCGAGCUCCUAUCAACCCUGACAUGUGUGGACCAGUGGGUGUGUGGAAAUGUUGUUAAACUUCUCCAUGAGGACAAUACUGUGCCGUUUAUGGUCCGUUACCGCAAAGAGAUGAUAAACCACAUGGAUGCAGAUGCGGUGCGCGACGUCCAGCUGGUUUACGAAGAGCUGUGUACUUUGGCCAAGAAGACUCAGUCGGUGAUACAGACGCUCAGUAAAGACGGAGUACUAACGGCAGAAUUGGAGCAAAGCCUCAGGAGCUGUAAAUCAACUGAUGAAUUGGAUCAUGUGUAUACUCCUUACAAGAAGGGCAGCAAGCAGACAAAAGCCUGUCGAGCAAAAGCUCUUGGCCUCCAUGAUGCCGCGUCCAGGCUGAUAGAAGCCCCACAUAUGCUUGACCUACAGGCAUGGGUGAAACCUGAUACUCCAGGUCUGUCAUCACUGGAUGAAGUGGCGACAGGUGUGGGACAUAUUUUGGCAGACAUGAUCGCCAAAGACCCGGAGACUCUAACCCAUGUGAAAAUAUUAUGUGAGAACAACAAUGUGACCAUCCAGUCGUCUUUGGCCAAAUCUGCGAACAAAGAAAAGGGGAAGCCAGAUGCUCAAAAGCCAGGCGCAAAGGAUUCCAAAGUCAAGGACAUCGACAAGUUCCACCUCUACCUCGAUUUCAUCAGUAAUGUCAAGCAGAUUCAGCCUCACCAGGUGCUGGCCAUCAACAGAGGAGAAAGUCUGAAGAUUUUGAUGGUGAAGGUGAACAUUCCCGACAGAGUGAAGAACAACUUCACCUGGUGGUGUAUCAACAACAGGUGGCGACCCAAGUCGUUUGCUGUUAAAGAACUCUUUGAUAUAUUGAAGAACUCGGUGGAGGAUUCAUAUAAACGACUCAUUUUACCAUUCCUCUCCAGAACAUUCCGGUCCAAACUAACAAGCGUGGCAGAGAAAGAAUCCAUCGCUAUGUUUGUGCGGAACCUUCGCCAGCGCUUGUUGGUGUCACCUGUGAGGGGUUGUGUGGUCAUGGGUGUGGACCCUGGUUUCAGACAUGGUUGUAAGCUGGCAAUCCUGUCACCCACUAGUCAGAUUCUUCACACAGAUGUGAUGUACCUGCAUAAUUCAUCCCAAGCAGUUGGCAAACUGCGUCACCUCCUGACCAAAUACAGUUGCACCAAGGUUGUCAUCGGAAAUGGGACAGCAUGUCGAGAGACUGAGUCCUUCUUGGCUGACCUCAUCGCCAAAAAUGCAUUUCACCCCCUGGAUGUUUCAUACUGCAUCACCAAUGAAGCUGGAGCAUCAAUCUACAGUGUGAGUGCUGAAGCCACUCAAGAAAUGCCAGAUUUGGACCCCAACCUCAGAAGUGCAGUUUCUAUUGGAAGACGGGUUCAGGAUCCACUGGCUGAACUGGUGAAGAUAGAUCCCAAACACAUUGGCAUUGGAACCUACCAGCAUGAUGUUUCCUCCGGAGCACUGAAGGCAGCGUUGGAUGGUGUUGUUCAGGAGUGCGUGAGCUUCGUCGGGGUGGACAUCAACAUCUGCUCAGAGGUUCUGAUGAGGCACAUCGCAGGUCUCAGUGCGGCCAAAGCCCGGAGUAUCAUGGAGUGGAGGGAGAAGAAUGGCCCGUUUGUUAAUCGGGAGCAAUUGAAAUUGGUGAAAGGCAUCGGACCCACCUCGUACCAACAGUGUGCUGGAUUUAUCCGCAUCAACCCUCAGACACUGAACAGCGCCAAAUCUCUACAUCAUCCUAGCCAAACAGUGUCGGGAAAACCAGCAGCAAAGAAGGCUAAAGGAAAGUCUUGUGUCAACAUCCCGUCCUCCAUUAAUCCUCUGGACCAGACCUGCAUCCACCCAGAGUCCUACCACGUGGCAGAGAGAUUUUUGAAACUUGUCGGAGGAAGUGCUGACCAGAUCGGGGAGUUGUGCUUAAAACAGUCUGUGGAGAGGAAACUGAAUUCCUGCUAUUUCGAGCAACUGGCCAAGACCCUGGACACCAUACCUGAGACCCUGCGACUCGUCAUUGAUGGCCUUACACAACCUCCUGGAUAUGACUUCCGGCAAAAUUUUGGGCAGGCGGACUUUAAACGGGGCAUUGUGUCUAUGAGUGAUCUCCAAGUGGGUGCGGUGCUGACCGGCCGAGUGGACAACACCACUCUGUUUGGGGCGUUUGUAGAUAUCGGUGUCGGCAGAGCUGGACUCAUCCACAAGAGUAACAUCACUCUGGCAAAAUUGCCAGCCUCACAACGCCGGCGCAGCCUAGCGCUGGGACCUGGCGAGCGAGUGGAGGUACGGGUGCUGAACGUGGAUCCACAAAGGGGACGGAUUGGUUUAGACUUGAUCAGAGUCCUACAAUAACCCUUUCUUUCAAACAAGUCAGGCUCAUUUUGUGACUAAGAGAAAUCCCAUAAUAAAUGAGCCUUUUCUUAAUUCAUGUGUUCAGAAGAAGAUAUGAACAACGCUUUUGCUGCUGACCUUCAAUGUUUUCUGUAAAGACACUGCACUUUUUUGCCUAAUGUAUGAAGUUGCUCUUCAUUACCACCAACUUGCAAGUUACAAGUGGCUGGGCCAACCGACAUUCACGCCAUUACCAUACAUAAAGUUUUGUUUUUGACCUGUAUCAAUGGUGUGUUUCAUAGCCACGUCACAAGAACUCAUUUACAGAAUGUUAAUUCCAAAUAUUACUUUCCUUUUUCGGUUUAACUGCAGCUGGGGACAGAUGCCAUUUCAGUUGACAGAGGUUUGUGGAAUAUAAGUACACAAGUUAGAUUACAGCUGCGUCCAACAUGCCUUCCUUAUUCUCAGUGGCAUCCACUGACUUCAUUUAAAAAUACCAACUUAUUUCAUACAAACAAGAAAUUACUGUAGUCAGGAGUUUGGCAGACCCUUUACAAAAUGAAAUGAAUGUUUUUUUGGUUUUGUUAUCCUGUCCUCUACUUAACCUCAAGUUGACAGAAAAUGCUGAGUCACUUUCAGCACUUUAUAAAACUAAAUGCUGCAUUUGAUAUUGAGUUUUUUGUUAAUAUUAUCAUUUGGGAAAUUGUCCAGUCAUGCAUGUAUUUCCCUUUUCUUUUCUGAUGUUCUGUUGGUGGUACAACAACUUAAGGAAAGCAUUACAGAAUUCCCUCCCUCCAAAAAUUCCAAUGUUCUUUGGAAAUACUGAGGUGUUCCCCUGAAAAUGCUCUCUGUUUAACCCUCUGUCUUUUGUGACAUGGUAGGUGCACAGUGUCUGAGGCACCCCUGUGUCUGUAAUCUUCUUUGCUUGGUUGCAAAGUUAGACUUCGCUGGUUGAUGGAAAAAAAGUUGAGAGAUUUGACUGUUGCUUAUACUUAAUUUUUUUUUAAAGUUUGGUUGAAUUAAGGGUGACGCCCAAGGCAUCUUUUGUGUUUGGAUUCAUCGUGAUGAAUUAAUGUGAUACGGGGGAAGCGUGAAGCCUGAAGAGGAGGAGGAGCGGAGGGAUGCGUUGGUCUAUCUUCCAGACUGCACAAAAGCCUGCAGGCUUUUUAGGGUUGGUCCCAGACCCAAUUAUCCCCAUACACAAACAGACUAAUCAGCUGCUUCAAAAUUAAUCCCAGACUCCCCGUUCACAUUAUCUAAUUUGUUUGUUUUUAUGAAACUGGAAUAAAUAAAAUAGAUGUAUUAUGGUUUGCGAGAAAGCCUGAGGUCCGGGCUGUUUAACUUUAGACUGAAUUCAGAAUAUAUAAUCACCAACCAUCUGGCCUCUGGGGGAACAAAUGGAAUAUAUUCUCGACACAAACACACAAAGAGGUUCGAUCAAGAUGAAUCAGAUGUGACAUUCGGCUUUGUAAUGGUCUUCAAACUCUCGAUCAGACUGUGAUUUGCAUGUCAUUUUCCAGAAUUGAACGCCAAUACUGUUUAAGGAAAGUUCAUUUUCUGUCAGAAACUUCAUGCUCAUUGCCUCUGUCCUUUUGUGUUUUGAUCUCAUAUACUGCAGUCCGGCUGUGGUUUCUUUCCAUGUUUUUAUUUUUUCAGAGGUUCCUCUCUCCAUCAUUCCUGCUUUUCCUGCCUCUCAUUUUCCCUCUCUGUCCUGAACGUGAGCCCACAGAUGGGACAGGCAAUCUGGCAGCCAGUUGCCGCUGAUGCCCCUCGGUGUUUUUGUGCAACCCCAACCAGUAACAAGCCUUUGAUAAGAAGCAGUGCGACCACGGGACUAUUUGUGUAGCUCUCAGUUGUCCUCCGCUGCACCGGUUUGCAGCUGUUGUGUUGCAGGGAGAGCUCAGGUGCAUCUUGAGGAUUUGGUGAAAUGUGAAGAAAAUUGGUUGUAAGCAAGCUGUUAAAUGAAUAUCACACAUUCUCACAAAAAACACAGUGGCUGUUUAUGUCCACAAAUUUGAGUGAACUGAAAGAAAGUGGGUGGUGGUCCCUUUAUUUUAGCUCAAGCUUUAAGCUAGUUUAUGUACUUGAACAAAGCCAGCGGAUUUCUCGAACAUAUUACUUAUUUUUUCUUCAAAACUAAAAAAUGAUCAGUGCAGCACUCCCUUCCCUUCACAGCAAAAUACAAGAAAAUAUUCAUAAAUUAUGUGUUUUAUUGGUGGUCAGAAGAACCGCUUAAAAGCACAAAGAAAUUCCUGACUCUCCAAACUAGUGGAAAAACAAAGUUUAAUGAGACCAGAACACAGUACUCACCUGGUAUUUCGUUGGAUAUUCUUAAGUUGGUUCUUUGUCUUUACCAACACCUGAAGCAUUCUGACUUACCAAGACUGAAAUCAACACAGUUCAUUCCUAAACUGAUUGAGAUAUUAAGACUGGUCAGUCCACCAGUGGCGGGAGUCAGUGGAGAGCAUUUAUUUUAGAUGGGUAAUUUAGGAAAAAUUGUUAACACUUGCCUGUGAGGGUUUAGCAGCCUGGAGGUUGCAGGAGUGGAGGUGUGCAGUGACAUAUACUAUUAGCCAUUUGCCACUGCUUCAAUAAGAGUCACUGAUAUCGAGCAACUUGCUUCUCGCCUUUCAUUUCAUUUCAUUUCCUAUUGUUUUUGAAGCAUGUAUCUGUGCUAUUAGAGCGGUGAGAGUUUGUGUGUACACAUCAGCAGUUGCUUUGGAGAGUGAGUGAUUCAUUAAGACGGAAAAAAAUGUUGCAUUCUCUGAUGAGGUUUUUCAAUUAAUAAGAUUAAGACUGACACUGGGUUUUAUGUAAGGUUUUCCCUGCAGACUCACAGUGCUGCAUUUGCCUCCCUGGGAGUUGGAGUCUUAAAUACUUCUACACAUUACACAGUAUUCAGACUAAACCCUUGAGUGUUUGCUACUUAUAGUUUUAAUGGUCAUUAAUGAGAUUUAAGCCCUAAAACACUGUGAAGAAGGCUCUUUGUUUGCUGGUUCAGUGAUAAUACUUAGAGCAAACAGUGUGUACCUGUAAUUCUGUUCCAUACAAAGAAUAUUUAACCCUUUACCAGAAAUGUCCUCUUCCUCUUGCCAAUGAAACACGCCUCCCUUCUCAAGUGUGGAGUGACAUUUAAGAAAUUUGCCUUGUUAGUGUGAGAGAGAUUUCAUUGUGGGGAAAAGUAGAAGUUCAGUCGCAGAGGAGCGAUGGAUGAAUGGACCAAGGAGCGAGAGAUGGAAUGAGACAGGAAAUGAAAGGCUUUCUCCAGUUUCACUGUGACCUCAUCAGUGUGAUCAUGGUUUUUAUGAGCUUUCCCUCUCGACGCCCACACACCACCUUCCACGUGUCAGGACACACACACACACACACACACACACACACACACACACACACACUCACACAAGCUAUGGGCUGUGUAUUUCAUUCACUGGCUUCCAGUCAAAGACGGACAGAACCAGUGGUUCUGUCUGGCUGUCUGGUCUCUUUCUCACACUCCUUCUGUCAUCCACUCACAUACUUAAUCACACACACAUCCAACACUCACUUAGAGCCACGGCCGCACACAGAAAGAAACAGAGACAGCCAUUUGUCUUCAUUAAUCGCUGAAUUUGUCUGAAGAAGGCAAGUAUUUCGAGUCGUAGUGAAAGUGGACAAAUGUGUUUUUGCAUCCCAUGUGGAUGUUUAGCCGCCCAUCUCUGGACAGGCUGCUACUGCAGCCAUGAAAGCCCAGGCAUGAACACGCAUCUCAUUUGUAGCUCGCCGCUUGACAAACAUACUCCAGGGAAGCUCAUUUUUGUGACAGUAUCAGCAAGUGUGUGUUUUUACUCUGUCCUCCCUUCUCUUGUUUUUUUUGCUACCAAACUCUUUUGGCUUCCAGAUCUUAGGCUGCAAUUCCUCAUUCCCAAUUCCCAGCCUCCUCUCCGCUUAGCUCCACUCCAAGUGCAUGACUGCACAUUUAUUUUCUGAGCUGUUUUAGCAGCCUUUGAAUAUAAAGUGGGGUGAAAUACAGAAAGCAGGUGGUGCCAAGAAGAGAAGUACAUUUGGUUAACUUCCCUCUUCGUAUUCACUGGCCAUCCUUCACACUGCACUUUGUAUUUAGCUGUAGUCCAGCUGCAAGUCAUGGUUGAAAAACUUUGGAAAUGGGAAUGGGAAACUGCAGGACGAGAGUUUAGACAAUGUUUCUUUGAUACUUUUAAGGACCGCAGAGAGUAUGGGGUCCUUUUUCUAAGGCAAAUGUUGUUUUGUGCAUUCUGGAAUUAAUUUUAGUGGUUCAUUUGUAAACAGAAUAACCCAAACACAGAUGAAUGUAUGUUGGAUGAAACUUGCAGGCUUGCCUGAUUGGUGUCUGGAUACAAUACCUUAAAUGACAUGAGAUUUUUUUUUAUUUUAGGAUCACAGGUUCUCAAGAUAAUUUUUUUCCUCCAUGUCCCCUGGGGAGCUCCGUAGCUUACAUAUGGCUAGUUUAGAAUCUUUGCGCACCAAUUGACCUGUACUUUCAAAGUCAAACUCAUGCUUCUUUGGUUUUAAGGUUAUAUUGAAUUUACAAUCCACAGUAAUCUAGACUGACAUGGUCAAAGGGUAUAGGACAGUGAGAAAAAUAUAGUAUAGAGUAUAUUUACCCUGAUGGAAACUCUGAUUUACUAGACCUGAUCAACGAUGUCACAGCACUCAUGAGUUCAGUGGAACUCGGGGUUGAGUGUGUUGUGGGUGCUCUGUAGCAACACCACCUCUUGCUGUCCACACGGGCUCAUUGCGUUUAAUGAUAUUUCAAACACUACAAAUGUAUUGAAAAUUACAUACACAAAUUACAUAGGUAAUUUGAUUGAUUUGAUGAAAAAAAACUUUGUAAUAGGUGAUGUGCUACUCAGCUGUUAAAAGAAUUUCUGUUUUAUUUAAAACAACAAAUGAUGCAACAGAAAAUUGAUAGAGAAAAUUGGCACUGCAUUGUAAUUUUUUCUUGAUGAAGUUAAAGACUCUGUUUGUUUCUACUGCAGAUGCUUAAUGGACAAUGAUAGAUAAUGAGUAUGUACCUCAGUGGUAACUACUUUCUUAGGUUUGGCAUGUUGCAUGAAUGCAUUCAGGCGUUCCCUCAUCUGCCAUGUUUUGGUCAUAGCACGGAACAAAGCCUCUCACUAGCAGCUUGAAGGAUUCCAAAUAGAAAAACAGAAACAUCUCUGGAUACACGACUGCUGCCAGAGUAGCAGCUAGAUCCAUCACAAGCUGCACGGCCUUUUCCUGUUCCCGGGUCGUGACCAUGGCUGGUGGCUUAUAAUGAUUGACAGGAAAAUGUUUGGGUUAGACUACCACCUCUGGGGAUAUACUCAUGAGCAGGGCUUUUAUACACCCGACACUGAGCACCGGCCAGAUCCCGCUCUCACACAGAGAUGUGUAGUCGAAUGCCUCUCUCACUCGCACAGAUGUAGGGAGCGUAUACAAUAUCUCAUAGACAUAUCUCAUGUUCAUCCCACUGGGAAACAGUCUGAGACCUGCUACAUUGUGUCAAGAGGAGGAAGGAAGUGGAAGCUUAGGGGGAUUUCACUUACACUGGAACAAGCCAAGCUUUUCACUGCUACACUAAACCUGUGUUUUUGUUGGUUUCCCCUGAAUCAUGACUCAGUUAUGUUUCACAAUUGUUUUUUUCUACAUUUUCACAUUCACAGCAUAAUGAUUUGUACUAAUACAUUAAUGUAUUUCCACUAAUCAUGCAGUCAUAUUCAGACAAGCAAACUGGACACUUGUGUCGUAAAUAAUGCCUAAAAGCACAAGUGCUUUGGCUUUGUGUAAAUGUCUCUUGGUGGUUACUGUCUUGAAGAGUCUUGGAAUCUGGGAAUGAAACUAUAAUGCUCUGUCAGUCUCCCUUACAAUAUCUGCUUUCUAACAGCCUGUUGAACCAAGUGAAGUUCAAAUUAAUAUUGAAUUGGAAUAUAAUUUACCUAUAGGUAUUUGAAGUUCUUGUGGGCCACAGAAAAUACUUGGAUUCAGCCCUGGGGCUUUGAGUUUAGGCCUGAAAUGAAAUGAAGAAAAGGUUUUGUAGUAUAUGUGUUUACAGAUCGACUGCAGAAGUGGACCUGCUAGAGAUUGGUAGACCUAUUGAUGUUUUUUCUUCAGUCAGGGCAAUGCUCAUAGUGCACUCUGUCCAAUGGUCUGAAGUUUUCAGUUGGGACUCAUUGUUGCUGCCCCCUCGGGGUGAGUCUGAAUACCUCCCGGGCACCUCCCUGGUGAGGUGUUGGCCUCUUUGCCGAGAGAAAAAAAGUCCAACAAACUGUAAAUCCAAACCUUAAUAUGGCUUUUCCCUAUCAUGGUGUGAAAUGCAUAUACGGUCGCACAUAGCUGACAUUAAUGGAUCACAUGAAGCCAUCUGCUUAGCUAGAAAUGAAAGUCUGGCUGCCGACUUACGGCGUGUUCUCCAAGGAUGUGAUUGAGUUUUGAACAACUGUGUGAACCACAACAAUACCAAGGUUUGGCUUUGACCGAGCCACCAUUACUGCUACACUCAAGCUCGUGCUGUUAGUACAGCUGCCAGCACAUAAAGCACCACCGCACAUCUCCUGGCCCUCCGGAGGCCCUCAGGGCAGAAAAGAGGUUCACCAGCAGUGGCACUUGUUUGUUUAGCUGCGUGUUUCAGCGAGCCAUUAAUUCCGAAGCCUAAUAGUGCUGUCGGUAGCAUUAGCACACAUGGGAGCAAUUUACUUGACAGAGAUUACGCGUGGAUUUAGGCUACCAAAGUAGUUCUUUCUCAACACUGAUUUUGCCUGGAUGUAAUGUCUUUAGUCCGCGAGGCCGCCCUGCGUCGGUUAUAAUUUUCACUGUUAUUAAUAUUUGAAUUCAAUUCAUUGUAUAAUAUUUUAGAACGAGAGGCAACUAUGUGAGUCAGUGAUGAUGAAGUCUGGUGGUGGUUGUACGGUUACCUCCAACAAUAGAAGAAAAGAGAAGAAAAAUGAAAUUCAGACAGUUGAUUUCAGAAGACGCCUGUGUGGUAGGUUCUAACCAGUAAGAGCCUUCACCAGUUCUAGUUCUCUUGCGAGUUCUUUGUCCUUUGGCAACUCCCAUCAGGGGUUGCAAGUACAAGUCCUCCACCUGUCUUUACCUGUCUCAACCAUCCUCCCUGCUCACACCUCCUUUACCAUCCAAAGAACCCACUUUUCUUCCUCUUUUCUUUCCCUGGUGAGUCCAAACCACCAGAGUCUGGCCUCCCUACCUUCGUCUGAAAACCUCUCUUGUCUUGUCGGUUCUAGUCGCUCACAAACCUAAUGAAUCAGGUUUGAAAGCUUUCUAGUUUUAAAACAAACAGUGAUGAAGCCAGAACUCAAGGUAGAAGACGCUUUGAUUCAUUGAAUCUUGACAUGUUCACUACACUUGGAUUACAGUUGUGCUUAUAGCAUGAUUUCAAAUUUGUGUUGAUGCAGGAUUAAGUUCAUCAUCAACCGUUCUCUGUUCCUGCCUUGAAAACGUUUUUUUUUUUUUUUUUUUUUUUUUUUUAAGUGUCUUCCAAACUAUUUCUGGGGGAAAAAAACAGUUCAUGGAGCCAAAAUGAAAUAUUCUCAAACUGCUAUUGAUUUUCACUUUUCAGAUUCCAUUCCCCUUCUGAAUCUCAGAGUAUUCUCCUGAACGUUUCACAGCAAGUCAGUCCACUGCUGUCUUUAACUUCGUUUGAUGGGUUUUAUUUCUGACUCCGUGUGGCUCUUUGUGUGUUCUGUUGUCAUCUGGUGGCCCCUGUUUGGCAGGUGCUCAGCAGAAAUUGGAUUUGAUGAAAACUUCACCUCAGUCUGCACAUGUUGUGUUUACAGCGUGCCUUGUUUCUAUAAAGUAGACUGGUCUGGUAGGGAAUUUGUGUUGAGUUCAUUAUCAUGAUAAGAAGAUAUGAGGAUAUUUUUUUUUACAUCUUUUGUUAUGUUUGUGCAUUUUGACCUGGAGAAACUGAACAAAUACUGUAUGUGGCAUGUCAUUAUUUUAUUGUUAUUUUAGUGACCAUUUUAGAUUUAAAAUGUACAGUAAUAGAAUAGUAACACCCAAGUUAUUUUGGCAAAAUAUGCUAAAUGAAAGCAAAUGCUAGAGUGUGGUUAAAUCCAACCUGGGACACAUUUUAAAAGUAAGCUAUGUAGAGCAAAGGUUCAAAAGUCAGGAAUAAAAUGUAUGAAGCUGCAAGUUUUAAAAUUAACUUAUAUGAGGAAUAUUUUUGAUAUUUUAAAAACUAUCAUGAAUAAAUGUGAGAUCAAAACCAGCAGUUUUGAGAAUUGCAGCGAUUUCUUCUGAAUAUUCUGAUAUACUACUAAGGUUUACUAUUUUGGCAUCACUUUAGAUUGAGGAACACAUUAACAAUUGAUAAACUUGAUUGUUUAUUUACAGUUCAUACUAUGUAGUUGUUUAGUGUGAACUUUUGGUGACUAUUCCAGGGAAACAGCUUGUCACUGUAAACUAGACACUAAUACUAAUAUAUCAAUACUUGAUGAUUAAUGACUGGCUAAUAUGCGGUGAAAAAAAAUUGUAUUUAGAUUGUCUCCAUCAAAAAUGCAGUUACAAUAUAAUAUACAUACUGUAAAUUAUUUUAAUUACAUAAAAUAGUAAGUUUGUCAUAGUUACAGUUUUAUUAUGAGUUGAAGUCCAAAUAUUUACUGUAGUAUUUUACAAUAUGUAAAACAUAAAAAUGUGAUGAGAAGAACUAGCUUUGACUUGAGACGACAUGUGAGACUUGAGGACUUCCUCUAAAUUCUCAGUACACUUGUUUCAGUAUUUGCUUCCCUGGUGAGUUGUCUCGGAAGCGGAAGCCAAAAAAGGACGUUGGUGACACAUUAAAGUGAGACGUGCUUUAAACACUGAAGGUCAGUCGAGCGGCUUCACGGCAGGGAAAGCUAGCAGCUUGAGUUGGCUGCAGCUGUGUGGGUUUUCACUCUUUUUUUUUUAUUCUUGUUAAACCUGAACUACCUCCAGUUUUAUUUUCUCCUGCGCUCAUGUUUGGCUCUGUGAAUCGGUGUAUUCACAUUACGAGCCGGCUCUGCUGUGUCCUGUGGAACUUACACUGUGAUU